AAACUUCCUUGUAACGUUGAACAACCAAAGAAAUAAGCUCGUGUUUUGGUUCGUGUGGACACUUCAGUUUACUCUUCUAAAUGUUUCAUGGUUCUAAACGUACCUUCGAGAUCAGUCUGUGUAAGAAAGCAUCUAGAAGUUAACGGCUUGCCGCUUUCAUUAUGCAACGCGGAAACCCGUUUACUCAGAGUUCGUGUAAUUCGGGCUUUGGAUCUUAUGAAAAAGGAUAUUUUCGGAGCAAGUGACCCAUACUGCAAAAUAUGUUUAUAUAAAACUCAGCGUUCAAACCUACCAUUGUGUUCUCCAGUACCAACAAAAACUGUUAAAAGAUCACUGAAUCCAAUAUGGAAUGAAGAAUUUAUUUUCAGGGUUAAUCCUUCCGAAAACCGUUUGGUUUUUGAGCUUUACGAUGAAAAUAGGAUCACAAGGGAUGACUUUUUGGGCAUGGUCACAGUCUUUCUGCCAUAUUUGGAGAUUGGUACGGAGGGAUCUAAUAGUCGGUUGAUGGCGAAGAGCUUUCUACUGCGCCCUAGAAGUUCUCGAUCUCGUGUUCGUGGUAAUCUUCACUUGUAUUUGGCUUACUUACCUAGUCAUGUAAAUUCCCGAAUCACAAGUCUUCGUGAACUUCCCCCUAUUGUUGAAUUGCCAUCUGACCAACAACGUAAUAGUGAAGGUCAACUAUCCUCAACACCUGUAUCUUCUUCACAUCGUCCUAGUUUACCGACACAAUCAUCGCCAAGUCCUGGCACGGUUGAUAUGUCCAACACUAUAGACGAUGAUACCGAUAACCAUGAACGUGUUAAUAGAAAUAUUUCAAUAGAUUCAGAUACUGUCAGUGUUGCUGAGACUGUUGUUGGACCCAUGCUUUCUACAUCACUUGAUGAAAACUCAUCUUCUGUUGACAUGAUAACUGAUCCACUUCCACCAGGUUGGGAUGAACGAGUUGAUCAAAAUGGACGUACAUAUUAUGUAGAUCAUGUUAAUAAACGUACACAAUGGGAUAGACCUUCUUUUCGAUUACCGGAUGGAUGGGAACAGCGAACUGAUGCAAAUGGUCGUGUAUAUUAUGUUGAUCAUCAAAAUCAUCGAACUACAUGGUAUCAUCCUUUAUCUGAGGGAUCUCGAUCGCAAACAUCUCCUCCACACUCUACUGCCGCUGCUGGUUCUGAUACAUUCAACGAUGGGGACGAACCAUCAAGUGAGGAAGAGGAAUCGGUGCUAGUUAAUGGUGAUGCUGAUGAAACUGAAAGCAAUUCGCAUGUUGACUUCGAUCCACCGAGUAAUCCUGCUGAUGAAAAUCAAGAAAAUCAGUCACCUGAUGAACAAUCUUUAUUGCACGAAACAAUUCCCACUCCUAGAUAUCCAAUAUCUAGUGGUGUUGGAGUCAGUGGCAGUGGUGCUGGUAGAUCUACACGUCCUAAUCCUCGUCAUACACGGCGUAGUUUAACGAUAGCAGAGAGAAUACGUGCAAAAGGUGGUGGUGGUGUUGCUCGUAUUACGUCGGCCGCGGCAUCGGCAGCAUCAGCUCGUUCAAAUAAUACUCUUCAAAAUGGUAUCGAUGAUGUACGUGCUGCACAGACAAUGUAUUUACGACGUAGGCAAAUUAGCCAUGAAGAUACUUUAUCUCAUCCUCCAGUCAAUUUGGAUACCUCUUUGACAAAUGAUUCAAAUUUUGAAUCACUUCCAGCAAGUUCUUCCAAUUCUGACACAGAUCCUGUUCAAGCAACAGAUUUGUCUAGUUCAGAAACAACAACAGCAACAACAACAAAUUCUACCUCACGCAUAGACUCUCCAUCGAAUGAAGAAGUAGAAGAAGGCGGACUAGAUCAUGUAGACAGAAAUCGAAAAGUUGGUGAUAUUGUUUUAGGCUUAGAUCUUGCUCCAGGUGAAGAACCACUUCCACAAGGUUGGGAAUUAGCUAGAACUGCAAGUGGUCGAAAAUUUUUCAUUAAUCAUAAUGAACAUACUACUACAUGGGAUGAUCCCAGAAUUAUUCGAACAAAUAAUCAAAUCAUCAAUGGUUCUUUAUUAACUCACGAAGCACAACGGCAUGUAAUGAAAGAUUUAGGCCCAUUACCGCCUGGUUGGGAAGAACGUGUACAUAGCAAUGGUCGUAUUUUCUAUAUUAAUCAUAAUGCACGAACUACUCAAUGGGAAGAUCCUCGUCUAGAACGUUUAGGUGGUCCAGCUGUUCCUUAUUCAAGAAAUUAUAAACAAAAAUAUGAUUAUUUCCGAUCAAGAUUACGUGCUCCACGUGAUCCACAGGCGAAAUUUGAAUUACGUGUUACACGAGCUGGUAUAUUUGAAGAUUCAUUUCGUUUAAUUUAUGGCAUAAAAAGACCAGAAGUUUUAAUGCAUCGAUUAUGGAUUGAAUUUAUUGGUGAAAAAGGUUUAGAUUAUGGUGGUGUACAGAGAGAAUGGUUUUUCUUAUUAUCACGUGAAAUGUUCAAUCCUUAUUACGGUUUAUUCGAGUAUUCAGCUGCUGAUAAUUAUACACUUCAAAUUAAUCCUUUAUCUGGUAUGGCAAAUGAAGAACAUUUGAAAUAUUUCAAAUUUAUUGGUCGUGUUAUUGGUAUGGCUAUAUAUCAUGGCAAAUUAAUUGAUGGAUUUUUUAUACGUCCAUUUUAUAAAAUGAUGCUUGGUAAAACAAUUUCAUUAAAAGAUAUGGAAUCAGUUGAUUCGGAAUAUUAUCGUAGUUUAAAAUAUAUCCUGAAAGAAGAUCCUGUCUCAUUAGAUUUAUCCAUGUCUGUGGAAGAAGAGCAUUUUGGUGAAACAGUGGAAAUUGAUCUGAUUAAAGAUGGUCGAAAUAUACGCGUGACUAAUAAUAAUAAAACACAAUAUAUAGAUUUUAAUCGUUUAGAUUUACCAGCUUAUACAACAUUUGAAGAGUUACGAUGUAAAUUAAUUAUUGCUAUUGAAAAUGCUGAAGGAUUUGAAGGCGUUGAUUGAAUGGAGGAAAAUAUGUGUUGUUAUUCAUUAAUUAAUUAGCCCUUUUUCAUUAAUUUAAUAUGAUUAUUUUUAUGAUUAUUACGUCAUAAAUUAUUUGACUUCUAUUUUCUUCUUCUUCUCCUUUUUUGUAAAAUGCUAACACUAACUACCAUAUAACUGUUGAAUUUUAUUGGACAUCCUUUGUAAAUGACACACUUCUAUUGUUUCAUAGAUUCAAUCGUUCAUUCAUUCAAUCAGUCAAUAAGGUUGAGUAACGAUCGUGAUGAUGAUGUUGCUGUUCGUCGGUGUUUGUUGUUGUUGUUGUAUUAUAGUCAGUUAAUUCAUAGAUUUUUGAAGACUACCUUAUUAUACACAUGUAUUUCUUUAUUUAUUUUAUUUAUUUACCCAUGAAAUGACAAACAACUAUCAUGUGCAUAUCAUCAAUAUGUAUGUGUGUAUGUGUGUGUGUGUAUGAGUGAGUAGUUGAAUGUCCCUCAAUCCCUCCUCUAUACGCUAACAAUUAUCCCAUUGUGUAUGAAUAAUAAUAAUGUGAAGAAAAUUUCACUAGUUUGCCCCUGCCCUUCCCCCCUUGUAUUUCUUAAUGUCAAAUAAAAAGACAAAAUUAAUUUGACAUGUCCAUUGUACCCCAUGCACUAUGAUGUGUGUAUGUGUGUGUAUGUGUACAUACGCACUAUCAGACGUUGUUGUUGUCCUUGUUAAUACUACUACUACUGUACAUUUCAUUUCAUAAUUUCCAGGUUGUUCAAUGACUACUUUUUUUUCAAUUUAAAAAGAAAAACUACUACUUUCAACUCUUGUUCCCUUAAAUUAGUCCUCCUCUCAUUUAUUCACACAAAAAGAUGAGGAAGAUGAAAGCGUUCAAAUUAUGUUGUACAAUAAUCUGAUUCUCAUGAAUUUUUCCCAUGUUGGAUCUAGUUUUUAAUCCAAAAAUAAUACAAUGUUUUCCGCUAAUCGCCUUCUCGUUCAAUGUGUGUGCUCUAUGUGCUACCAAUCCUGUUUUUAUUGUACUAUUUCAUUUUUGUGUCUCACACACGGACCCACAUUGCUAAUGAGGCUUUAAUUACAUCAGCAGCAUGUGUGAUUAUUGGAAUGAGCCAAUUUUCAUUGUUCCGAUUUGAAGCCAUCAAUUCCUGUACACACGUACGCAUGCAUGUAUAUCACGAUAAGUAUUAUUAUUAUUAUUAUUAUUA